CUUUUGUCAAAGAUAGACUAUAUAAAGAGUGAUUAGGUUUAGCCUAGUGAUCUUAAACUUCACAGUCAAGUGAGCUCAAGCACUAAAUCCUCGCUCUUGCUGCAAGGAGACACCUGCAACCAGGAUGAGACUGCAACCAUUAAAUCCAGUCAACUGUGAAGGCCUUCUGCAGCCUGGUUGUUCUUUUUUACAGCUUGAUGGUGAAGUUCUACUCUUUGGCCAAAAAGGAUGGCCUAAGCGCUCCUGUCCAACAGGAGUAUUUGGCAUCCGCUUGAAACGUGGUGAGCUCAGGUUGAGAGCGAUACAUUUCUCCAAUGACUCACAAUACCUUCCUCCUUUACGCUGUCCUGCCGUUUGCCGCCUCGAUCCACAUGAUGGACUUGCGGAGAGUUAUCUUAUCCAUGGCGGCCGCACACCCAAUAAUGACAUCUCAUCAAGUCUUUAUAGCCUUAGCGUGGAUAGUCGUGGCUGCAAUCGCAAACUGACCUUGCGCUGUAAGGAGAUAGAACUGUUAGGAGACGUGCCAAGUGCUAGAUAUGGCCACACGGUCAGUGUGGUUCAAAGCAGAGGCAAGACAGCAUUUGUAGUUUUUGGCGGAAGGUCAUACAUUCCAGAAAAGGAGAGGACCUCUGAGAAAUGGAACAGCGUCAUUGAUUGUCCUCCUCAAGUGUUCUUGUUCGACAUGCAAUUUGGUUGUUGCUCUGCUUACACUUUUCCAGAGCUCAGUGAUGGCCUGGCUUUCCAUGUGGCCCUUGCAAGAGAGGACCGUGUUUAUAUACUUGGGGGUCACUCAUUAAAAUCUGACAGCCGGCCGCCUCGGCUCUUUAAUCUGCACGUCCAGCUUCUGCAAGGUUGUCCGUUAGUCUCCUGUGAGCUCCUCGACUUUGGUCUGUCAAUCUCAAGUGCUAUAAUAACUCGCACAGGCCCCUCUCACGAAUAUAUGAUUUUAGGAGGAUAUCAAUCCAACUCUCAGAAAAGAAUGGAGUGCAGCACUAUCAUUCUAAAUGAGAAAGGGAUUCACAUAGAACCUCAUGAACCACCAAAUUGGACCCCAGAUAUUGUUCAUAGUGAAACUUGGUACGGUGGUGCUGCAGGGGAACAAAGUAUGUUGCUAGCUGUACCAACUGAGGGAAGAUCAUGUCAAAAAAAUAUGUAUUACUUCUAUCAAGUGAACUUCGAGAAAGAGGUCGACACCAAAGAAGACACGCAAAACCAACAAGACUGCAGCCAGGAGAUGACAGAUUACGAUAAUUCUACUCCUCUUGAAGAUUCAGAGGAGCUUUAUUUUGGCCGUGAGCCUCAAGAGCUGGUUGACAGUAGUGAGGGUGAAGAUAAUACCUACAAUGAGAAAGAUGAGGAGGAUGAGUCACAAUCAGGCUACUGGAUCAAAUGUUGUCAGGGUUGCCAACUUAAUCCUAAUACAUGGGAGCCAUUUUACUCCACUGAGCUCCAUCGGCCAGCCAUGAUCUUCUGCUCUAAAGGACGGGCAGGUCACUGGGUCCAUGCCCAAUGCAUGGAGCUACCUGAGACACAGCUCCUCAAGCUCUCCCUAGGCAACAAGAAAUACUUCUGCCUUGAACACGGGGGUCUUCCUAACCAGGAAGUAACCCCACCUCGAAAAAUCAUUCCCCCAAAACGUACCCCUUUAAAGGUUAAACAAAGGAAAUUUCGUACAACUCUCAAGAUCUCCAAAGCUAAAAAAUGUGUUUUUAGAAAGCUUUUUGAUUAGCAAGUUUCGAUUGUGAUGAUCCUAUGGUUGAUUGUGUCCUUAUUGCACUGCAAAUGUAUAGUGUCUUAAUCAGACUAUUUUUCUUAAAUCUAGUCAAAUAAUUUCUCCAUCUGUUACAGACUUGUUAGAUUCAUGCAUUAGAUUAUUCCAUUUACCUUACGUAAAUAUUACUAUUUGUUCUUAUUAAGCCCAUACAUCUAAAAGUGAGUAACUUUUCACCUACAGUACUUUUCACCUACAGUAAAUCAAGAAAAAAUUGCUUACAGAUAAUGUUUAAACAAUAUAUUUUCUUGAAUUUCAAUUUCAAAUCUUAUUUUUAAGGUUAAAUACACAAAUGUAUAGCUUCAAAUAAAGUUUAUUUUCAGCUAGCUAUUUUUCUUAUUUCAAGAAAUCUGAGUGAAAUUUACUUGAAGCACUGGCAGAUAAUUUCACCAAUUACUAGUAGAUUUACACAGAAAAUGAAGUAAUUUAACUAGUUUUAAGGAGGUGUGUUUUUGCGGGGAAUGUAAACACAACGAUAGGUUACAUACAAUGCGGGGCAAAAUAACACAAAUAAUAGAAUGAUUACCCAGUGAGUGUUAAAGCUAAGAAAUAUGUCAAAAAUGAUACAUUCUCUCAAUAAUAUUUUAUAAUAUGUUGAGUACAAAACAAUAACCAUGAAAAUGAGUAAUGGAAUUGUUUUGCUAUUUGUUUGAACUUGUACUGUACUUGAAAAUACAUUUAAUUGGUUGAUGCAUUUUCAUACAGAGCAACUAUUUCUAAUCAGGAACGUGAAUAACAAUGUAAAUUGCUGAUUAAAACAAUGACACAAGAAUAUAAUUUCCAAUGUAAUCAAUAAAAUGACGAGAGGGAGAAAAAAAAUAUAUACAUACUGUACAUGAUUAGAUUAGUCAGUGAAUUUGAACAAGUUGUCUUGAAACAGUUACAAUUGUUUUCGUUGGCUUUCUAUGAAGGCAAGUGUGCAAACUAAUAUUUGUAAAUUACUAGGGCUGUCAAAAUGAUCGCGUUAACGCGCGGUAAUUAAUUUUUUAAAUUAAUCACGUUAAAAUAUUUGACGCAAUAAAUGCACAUGUCCCACUCAGACAGUAUUCUGCCUUUUGGUAAAUUUUACAGCAAGUUUUUUUAUGCUGUCUAACAGCGAACUCUUGUGGUCGCUUUGCGACAUGGUUUAUUGCUUUCUUGCCAUUUCAAUAUGGCUGCACGACGUCUCGGGCUGACGCCUACGUUGUAAUGUUGUGCUUAUAUGAUCCUUGGACAAGAUUUGUCCGUAAGUAUGGUUGUUGUAAAGAAUGUACAUAUUAUGUUAGUAAGCAAAAUGUUAUAUUUUUUGUAUGAGACGUUUUUUGUUUAUGUUUAGUGAACCUGUAUAGCGUGCUAAGCUAAUGUUGUUGCUAAUGCAAUGCUUGUGUACUUUUUUUUUUUGUAGUUUCAUUACGGUCUAAAGAGGACAGUGGUUUGAGGCCAUUUUAUUUAUAAAUCAGAUGAAAAAGGAAGAAGUCUGAUUAUUAAGGCGUCGUUCACUAGCUGUCUAGCUUUGGAAAAAGUAGAUGCUUCGGAGUGAGGACAGCAUAGACAGAUUUAAAUGACAGUAGAGUGAAAUGCCCACUACAGUCCUUAUGUACCGUAUGUUGAAUGUAUAUAUUCAUCUUGUGUUUUAUCUUUCCAUUCCAACAAAUUAUUUUACAGAAUAUAUAU